AUGGCGUACUCGAGUUAUGAAAACAGCGCUCAGAAUUUCUCUGAGGAGGCAUUAGAGGAAGAAACUGUGGUUCUCACAUUGGUUCCAGUUAAUGAAGAAACUAAUGAAGAACAUCAGGUGGAACCAAGUGUUUCUUCAACUUCAGAAGUUGGCCUGGAGAUGCCUGGGACAAACAAUAAAGUUUGUCAUCUUCAAAUGAAUGAACAAUUCAAGUCUUGUCCAAAACAUAGUUGUUGUAAUACACCAAUCCUUCCCUUGCCAACCAGUUUGCCUCCGGUUAAUAAAGUACGUUGGGACACUUUGCGAAGCUGGUGCCAACAAUUUAAUUUGAGUACCGAUGGCCGGAAAAUAGAUGUUUAUUUGAGGCUCCAGAAACAUGCUUACUCUGAAAUAAACGAGAAUAUUCCUAAAAUAUCACCAGAGGCCCAAUUGCAGUCAUGUUCGACAAAAUGCAAGAUGGCAACCAAGAGAGCAAGGAUUCGGAAACGUUGUAAGAAGAGUGAAAGAGAGGAAGGGAUUAAUAUAGUUGAAGUGAUAACUUCAGCACAAGAAGGCAUGUUGGCAGCGUGGUCAAGAAUUGCUGCAAGAGCCAGUCAAUCCAAGUCUGUGAAUUCACGUCCCAUUCCUGUUUCCGUGGAGACUUUUCUGCUGCAAGCCUCUGGUGUCAGGUGGUGUGUGGUCCAUGGCAGACCUCUCUUGGCAGACACAAAAGGUUGGGUUCGCCUGCAGUUUCAUGCAGGCCAGGCCUGGGUGCCUGACACCCCCAAGAGGAUGAUUUCUCUCUUCCUGUUGCCCGCCUGUACUUUCCCAUCCCCGGGCCUUGAAGAUAAUAUGUUAUGCCCUGAAUGUGCUAAGAGGAAUAAGAAGAUAAUGAAAAGAUUAAUUGCAAUGGGGAAGGAGAGGCGACGUGGCUUGAAUACAUCAACAUCUUUCCCUUUGAGUGGGCCAUAUCUUAAUAAAGAAUAAAUGGUGGAGAUCCUGUGGCUA